GUUACAUACAGUCACACAAUCAAACGAUGUAUAUAUACCCAUAACCAACGAGUCUCUAACAAAUAAACCAACCAACCCUCCUAAUGAGGCAGAGUAACCCUAAAACAUAUCAUCCUUAAACACCAUGCCCCAAAACACCCACGAUCUAGACCCAGCCACUAUGCGAACAUUAUUAUCAACCAAAACAUGGUUCGGCUUCGACCUCGACGACACCUUACACGAGUUCCGCAAGGCUUCUGCCCAUGCAUCCUCAGCUGUAUUUACAGCCAUCCAUGAAGAAAACCCAACUGUCAAUAUCGACGACCUGAAAACGUCCUACCGGGACAUACUCGUCUCGACGACAGCGGGUGCAUUCGCGGACGGAAGGACAUCAACCGAGUAUCGCAGAGAACGGUUCUCGCUUCUACUCCGGGCCCAUGGAUUGGAGGUGUCGACGGAGAGAUUGGACCGUCUUUUGGAGGUCUAUGAAGUGGAUCUGCGGACAGCGCUGACGCUGAAACCGGGGGCUCUUCAACUACUUCAACGGAUUAAGGGUCUCGGGAAGAAGGUUAUUGUGAUAACGGAGGGGCCGCAGGAUGCGCAGCGGUGGACUGUGGAGAAACUGGGACUGAGACCGUAUAUUGAUGUGCUUGUCACGACUAAUGAGAUUGGGCAGUCGAAGGUUGAUGGGUUGUUCCCUGCUGUGUUGGAAAGGUAUGGUAUUCUUGCGUCGGAUAUGGUUUAUGUGGGGGAUAAUGAGAAACGGGAUGUUGUACCGGCGCGGGCUGCUGGUAUUUCGGCUGUGCUGUAUGAUGAGAAGGGUGGUUGUUGCUUUGAUGAUCGUGCUGCGCUGAGGCUUGACUCUUUAGCAAAGCUAGCGAAUCUGUUGGGUUAGUUGGCUUUGUAAAAGAUAGGGCUGGGAAGGAUGAAUGUUGAUAGCCUGCUAGUGUACUAGAAUAGAUUGCGUCGUACUCUUGCGUCUAUGGGUGCGGAAAACAUAGAAGUGUGAUGACCCGCCACUAAGACCGUGAUUGAGCUAGCAUAUCGACAGAUCGUGCAUACUGAUCGAUUGCUACAUCCUCAAGAAUUGUGGAUCGCGGAAGGGAUAGUGAGUGUGAUCUCUUGCCAUCCUGGAAUGCAUUAAUGGAAUGAGGAUGGUAUGCGUUAUGUGGGUAUCUAGACUAAUCGUUCGUAUACCGUGGGGAGUGACAAGGGCUCAAGAACUCAGCGUCGACAAGAUUAGACUUUUAAUCAAUGCCACUUGCUUGCUCCCAAGUAGGGCAUAUACUGC